UUUGUUCUCUGAGCUUAGCGGGGCUGUGGUUCCCACCUUUCAUUAAAGGCUGAACCAUGACCUGUCGUGCCAUCUUCUUAGGAAGGUGGUGUGUUUUGAUUUCCAAACAGUCUCAACUCUGCAUUUUAGAGGGAAGAAUGCGAGACGUAAGAGCGCAGGUGACGAGCAGCCUGCUGGACUUCCCAGAGGGGACUCUUCAGGCCCUUGGGAAAGAUGAGGUCACCCAAGGUGCUGUGCUGCGCGGGAAGUUUACUGGAGCGAUAGGUGACCUAGCAUGGCUGGCACGUGGUCCUCACCUCGAGAUAGUGAGCUCGGUGACAGGCCAGAGAUUCUCUGAAAACCAUUUCAGAGGAGGGCACGAACAGCCUCCCACUAUUCGAGUGGUGAAGGAGUUUUCAUGGGAGAAAAGAGCUGGACUGCUGAUUGCGUUGGAAGAAGGAGAGGGAAGUGUUCUCUGCCUGUACGACCUGGAAACAGCAGAAGUGGUUAAAGCAGUUUUUCUUCCCUCAAGGGUGAUUGCUGUGGAACCCAUUAUUAAUCACGGAGGACCCAGUGAGAGCAUUCAACACCUACAUCAGAGCCUGCAAUGCCUCUUUGGCAUUGCCGCGGUGGCUACAGACGUCGGUCAUCUGUUUCUGGUUGACCUUUGUUUGGACAGUAUGUCUUGCAGUCUGAGUGAAGUAGAAGUAUUGGAUCUCAGAUUUGUCACUACUACAUUUGCUGAUGAAGUUCCACCAAGACGAGAAACUGCCACCAGAGAAGGGAGACAUCUCUGCUUUCGAUUGCCAAGCCCGUCAGGAACACCAAUAUCGACGCUGGCCUACAUCAGCAGAAGCAAUCAGCUGGUUGUGGGGUUUUCACAUGGCUGCCUCUCACUGUGGAAUAUGAAAACGUUGAAGAGGGAACAACACUGUCGACUUGGAGGAAGGAGGAUUCCUAUCUAUGCUGUUACUUUUCAAGAGCCGGAGAAUGAUCCUAGCAAUUGUUGCUACUUGUGGGCUGUUAAGUCUACCCAAGAAAGCAAAGGCGAUGUUUUGAGUCUACACCUGUUGCAGUUAACAUUUGGUGAUCGAAAACGUUUGGCAUCCGGACAAGUCAUGUAUGAGGGUUUGAAACACUGUACAGAAAGGUUCAGUUUAGAUCUGGCGAGUGGAAAUCUUCCCUGGGGAAGGCAAAAUAGCAAUAUUGAAUUACUUAGAUGUCAGACCAUCGAAGACUUCUAUGACGAUGUUGACAAAGAGGAUAACGGUAACGAAGUAACAUCUCCUUACACCAGCAUCUCAAUCUUUUGUUGGCAAGUGAACACACACGGUCAGGAAAAAACAGCUGCUUAUUUGGGCGUGUUUGACAUCAAUCGCUGGUACGAUGCUGAAAUGCCGGAUUCAAUAAGGCCAGAAAAAUUCCUUCUUGAUUGCCCUUAUUUUGCCUUGUGGACAUUGGAGAAGGUAACAAGCACAGUUUCUCCAGAACCCAUUUUGGAUGUUCUGGUCCACGGGACGAGUCUAACCUGGGGAGCGCCUCCUUCGUACCUACCACCCGACCAGAUUCUAAAUGCGAGCGGCUAUAAUUUUGACGGAGUGUGCUUGCUGAGCUCUGGAGUCGUCCAUGUGACUUGCACCGGUCUCCAGGUGGAGGAGGAGCAGUUAGAGGCAAUAUUGUCUGCGGCUGUCCAAACGGGUUCUUUAGAACUCCUGACUGGAUGCAUUAAACAUUGGACAUCUGAAAAGCAGCCAAAUUCUGCAGCAAAGUUACAGUUUAUCCGUGACUGUGCUUGGAAGAAAGUGGUCUACACCAAAGAUGAAUUUGACCACAUAUGUGUUCCACUGUUUGAUGGCUCCAGCCGCUUCCUUGAUCCAGAAAAGCGACAGUCUCUUCAGCACUGCCAGUAUCUCUUGGACAACCUUAGCAGAGUCUUAAGCUGUUUUCAAAGAGAACCACAAGAACUUACUGAUAAAGACGUGAGAAAUCAACAGGUGCUGGCUAACAACUUUUCUAUGUAUGCGCGAAUGGUCCUCUGGUUCUGUCAAUCUGGUCUCCUUCCAGAGGGUUCAGACGGGACGACGCAUUUGUCUACCCCUUCCUACCACUAUCCUCUGCUCCAGACCCACUAUACCGGUGAGCGGCAGCGACUGCAGCAUUUGUCAAGAGGAAAAUGUAAUUCUGACUGCCUCAUGAUCGAUGGCAUAGUUUCCUACGUAGGAGACCAACUUGAGAAAUUGUGGAAGAAAGAGAAAGGAGGGACAGGGAAAUAUCCCCCUCCCAGUUUACAUGCACUGCUGGAUCUUUAUUUAUUGGAAAGCACAGAAGAACCCUACAAACACGCGAUUACCAUUUACUUACUGCUGGAUGUCUUUCAGCGCUUUCCAAAGCAAAUUGAAAAUAUAGUCCAGUCCUUCGCCACCACCUUCUCUCUCCCUCAGGGCCUUGUAGCACUGAUUAAAGGAUUUUGGCUUCUCGAUCACCAUGAUUAUGAAAAAUCACUGGCCCACCUCUGCCAUCAAGAAACAACGCAGGUAGCACCGUGGCUCCAGCUGCGAAUUAUUCAGUCACUCGCUUGCCAAGGACAGCAUAGGCAAGCCCUCCAAUACCUACCGUGUAUGAAGCCAUCACUGUCAACAUGUAGCAAAGUGCGGCUUUACCUCGGUGUGUUGUUGUCUAAUAGGUGCAUGGUGGAGGCCUGGGCUCUUUUGCAGCAACACGUCACAGACUCAAACAGAGCAGAGCUCUUGGAACACGUGUACAAAAGCUGCCAUGAGAUGGGACUGGUGGAAGAAUUACUGCAGCUUCCUUUCACCAACACUGAACUAGAGUGCUUGAAGUCCUUUUUAAGGACCAGGGCUUGUAUUGCAACCAACAAAGUUCUUCCAGUCAGCAAACAAAAGAGUGCGUAUUAUUCGCCAGAAGUCCUGCAGAAUCAAUCAAGGAAGGUUAACCCCAAGAACGAUGGUGAUCCUCAGACCGGAGAGGGAAGAGCUCCACAAAAUUCUGCAUUAGACCGCUGUGGCAAACUCCGCCCUCAUAUCCAAAGAAAGCUGUCGGUGGCGAAAUUCAAGCCGUAUGAAUUCCUUACGUCUUCCUUUAAACAAGUCUCAACACCAAAGCUGCAACCAACCAGAGUAAAAGCAGCCAAAGUAAUUCCACGUACCAGAGCAACUGCUAUAUAUAAUAUAUUGUCCGCAUCGGAGACACACGUAUAGGAAGGAAAAAGAAAACUGGUUUAUCACAGUAUGAUAGAGCUCCAGAACCACCGGCCAAGAGACGUCCUCCCCGAAUGUGGAGUUCUGUAAUACGUUUCUUAUCACACCAGCUACAAAAUGUUCAUGACGAGGUCUGACACGGAGUAGAGUUUUAGAAUUAAUAAAAAUGUUGUUUCUCCUACGUGUGCGUGCCUGUGUCUGUGUUUUCUGUGCUUUCCAAGUGUUCCGCAACACUGCCAGUCACGGUCAUGCUGACAAACCCUGCUCUUUGUGCUCUCUCUUCUCUCCUUUUCUAGUACAGCUCAGCGCAGGCAAGCUAGCAAGGGGGAGGGUCUGCACACCUUGAAGACAACAGCACAGAGUCACCAGAUCUUUAUAAUAACCCGGGGUUGGGGGAGUGGCCGUGGUGGCAGAAAGACCAAAGUACUCCUUAAGCCCUGAGAAACAACAACUCCUCAUGUAUUUUGCUUAGGGCCAUUAAGGCUUUGACAGUAAGAACAGCACAAAGUAAUGGCUCCUCUCCCAAACAGGCAGGAGGACUAACUAGUGGCUUCAUCUGCUAAGGCACUUGUUAUCCAAGUCCUGCCUGCUUGGGGAAUGGGCUGAAGCAAGAAGGCUGUGAUUGUGAAGCAGGUGCUCUAGUGGUUAAGUAGUAACUUAGAGGAAAGAGAUUAAACAACGUUCUAGAACUAGUACCCAAAAAGUCAUUCGUUUAACAUGAUUGUGAAUUAAAACUCCAUACUCUUCAUGAGUGUGCUCACUAUAGGCAAAGGGUAUUUUUAAGACAAUUUGUCUUCUGUUUCUGCUGCCAGUAAGAGCACAGUCAAACUAUUUCAUGAUUAGGCUUUUACAGCCAAAUGAGUUUAUUGGAGUCUGACCCAGGAAAGGUGUUCAUUCGUUCACUUAUGUUUUGACUAAGUGGCUUUAAAUCAGCUUGUGGUGAGCUGCCUUCCUUGCACAGCCCUGUGGGUGAGGUAACAGAAAUCUACAGGGUUAGGAGAGCUGUAUUUUCAGAGAGAAACAUAUGCACGCAGCAGCUUUAGGGGAGAUCAAGCUGCUCUGCGUGGGCAAUUACCUACUUUUUAGGCAGACAAGCUGGGUCUUGCAGAAGAGAUACAGCUGCUUGAACCAUUGCAAUUGGUGGAGCAACACUGCCAGGCUAGGAACGAUCUCUCGGUCAAUGAAACAGCCAUCAGCCUUCCCCAUCUAAGAACCCUAAGAGCUGCUUUUUUACCUGUUAAUUAUCCCAAGGAGAUGGCAAAGUCCUUAAGAUCUAACCUGGACAAAUACUGCUUCAAAUGCAGUCCUACAACCCCACAACUAUAUAAGCGAUCACCUCAUGGGGACAGAGAGCAGCAAGAGCUUUCCCCUCCUGGGCUAAGAUUCAGACGUUUGCUGUGAGACUGUUGCAUUCAGCUACAUCUCCAGUCAUCUAAAGAAACUGUGCUUCGCUAACUGCUUUGCCAACACCUUCUCGCUGUGUCCAAACUUUAUGUCAGGUCUUCCCUCCCCUCAAAGGAGUGUAUGUUAUAGCUAGAAACGAUACAGGCCAGAUCUGUUUAAGUUCCCUCACAGGGGAUGAGAGAUGAACACCAGGCUGCAACAACUCAAAACUGGCACAAGGUAAAGGGCUGUCACAUGUUGCAAGGGCUCCUCCAGGGUGAAAGGAAUAGCAGUGGAGCCAUAAUCCUAGUUUACAGUAAGGAAUGGGAAGCAAAAGCACUUAGCUGCCAGUAAGAUAUAUACCUGGUCCUUGGACUUCGGUGCAGAUCUUUACAUUAAUUUUCCCAUUCUAAGGAUCUUGCUCAUCUCUCUAACUCGUGCCAAAAAAAAGACAUUGGAAAUGAGAUUCCACCCAUCUGUAGUGGACAAGUGUGGUCACCAAAACGGUGACUCUCUCAUAUCAGGCAAGCACAAGGAUUCUAUUAUACUGAACACCAUUCCAUUUUACCAAACACCGUGAUUCAUCUAAACGUGGGAUGAAUUAUCCUGUGCUAUUGCUUCAA